GUGGACCAUUUUGCUCAGAUUUCUGUAUCAAAAAGAUGAAGACUAGGGUACAACCUACUUAAGCACACUGAAGCAGCAGGUGAAAUAUAACAAUAAGCUUGGAAAAAAUGGCAGCAAAAAAUGGAUAGGGUCUUAUAAGCAGCGAAGACUACAUAUAAAUGUGUUACUAAGCAAAAGGGAAUUGGUGAGGAAACAGAUUUGAAGUAUAUACGUAAGCUUUGCUGAAGAUCUGGGGUACAAGUAUAACAUUUUCCUUUUUCAUUUUUAAGGCAUUUUAUAAAGCCACCUAGAAGAGCACAUGGAAUACACUAUUAAAAGUGGUGCUAGAGCAGUUUGGCCUACUAAGAAAUCAUGGUUCAACUGACAGUGGACCUAAUUGCUAGAAGUAUCAGUCACAAGAAUCGCAGUGAAGAGGACUUUGGGCAGUACCUGCGAAAAAUAACUCAUCUGAAUUUAUCAGCUAAAAAUAUAGAUGCAAUUGGUGACCUCUCUUCAUGCAAAAAUCUUAGAGUUCUAUAUUUAUAUGAUAACCAAAUCAGUCAAAUCCAGAACUUGGACUUUGCUUCAAACAUAACGCACCUUUACCUUCAGAACAAUUGUAUUUCCUGUAUGGAAAAUCUCUCAUCACUGAAAAAACUUGAAAAGCUGUAUCUGGGGGGCAACUACAUUACUGUAGUAGAAGGUCUGGAUAAAAUAGAAGAAAUAAGGGAGCUACAUAUUGAAAGUCAACAUCUCCCCCAUAGUGAAAAGCUUCUGUUUGAUCCAAGAUCUCUUAGGUCCCUGGCAAAAUCUUUGUCUGUGUUGAAUAUCAGCAAUAACAACAUUGAUGAAUUAGACGAACUGGCAGUUUUGGAAAAUCUUUCUUAUCUUAGAGCAGUUGACAAUCAACUUCGACAUAUCAAGGAUUUGGAGGUUGUAUUAAACAAAUGGACAAAGCUGCGCAGAAUGGAACUUGCAGGAAACCCCAUCUGCAACAAGCCUAAGUACAGGGACAGGAUUGUAGUACAGUCACAAACUUUAGAAUCCCUUGAUGGGAAAGAAAUUAAAGAAAUGGAAAGACAGUUCCUAAUGAAUUGGAAAGCCUCCAAAGCUGCCAGGAAAACAAAGAAAGAAAGAAUGACAAAUGAGCAUGCAGCCCAUCUACAUUUAUCUGACUUGGAAACACUUUAUCCUGUUGUUCCCUGUCACUACAGUCACUCUGUGAAAGGAAAACCAGAUUUUUUAGUUUUGUCUGAGAUGCAGAAAGCUAUAAAAAAACCUCUGCCAAGAAUCCUGGGGAAAAAAAUAAGUCAGACAAAAACUUAGUGGAACUCCAUGGAAACCAAAGAGUCUUGGGAAUUACCUAAAGGUUGAGGAGGAAUCUGAAGUAACAGCAGAAGUUGAAGGCUAACACCCAGAAGUUCCAGGAUGUGAAGACUUGGCCUGGGUUUUUAUUUUAUUGAUUUUUUUUUCCCUCAAAGCUUAGAAAGAAAGGUACUGGUGUCUCUAUGGAUGUGUUAUCUGUGUCUCUGUAAUCUCAAAACCUGACAAAAUGAAUCGUAGAAUCAUAGAAUACCAGGUUGAAAGGGACCUUGAGGAUUAUCUGCUCCAACCUUUCUAGAGAAACAUGACUUGUACUAGAUGUCCCAGCACCCUGUCCAGCCAAACCUUAAAAGUAUCCAACUCCGUGGAAUCCGCCACUUCUCUGGGGAGAUUAUUCCAAUGCCUGAUUGUUCUCAUUGUGAAAAAUUUUCCUCUUGUGUCCUGUAGGAAUCUCCACAGUGAAGUAUGCUGAACUUAACACUGCUUUUUAAGAGCAUUCAGAAAAAUAAGGGGGCUGCUUAUUUAUGUAGGAGCAGUGCUUUCGUACUGAGGGCAUGUAAAAACAUCUGCACGUGGUAGGCUAAACUGGUUACCUAGUUCUCACAGUUCUUCAAGAAAGGAGUUGUUCUUAACCAGUGUCUUACCUACUUUGUGACCUGAAUACCUGAAGGCCUGCUUCUUUCUGUACUCCUAGCAAUUACACAGAGGCAUGCUUACAGUCUCUUACUUCAAGAAAAAGUAGCUAUUAGCACAUGGGUUUUUGAGAAGAUCUGUAGUCCUAACAAGUAAUUUCCAUCAUCUGGGUUUUUCCAAGUUCUGGUGAAUAAUGUGGAAUAGUUAGAGAGGAAGGUAAAAGAAGAUUAAUGAUGCCUGUGCUGAUUAAUUUUUGGAUUGGGAGUAUUACACAUUCAUUUUAACUCAAAUUCUGUUUUAAGUAACUGGGACUUGAGUUUGGCUGCUUUGCACUGGUUUGAGUGAUUAAAAGACUCCUGAUAUAGGAAAAUUCCAAACAUACAGGUAAGGAAAGGAAAGCCCAGAUUGUAAAUUGUCCUUGGAAUAAAACCUUUCCUAAUGGAGUUUCUCUGUAUGAAUUUCAGCUCAGCAUAGAUUCAUAGAAUCGUAGGAUGGUUUUGUUUGGAAGGGACCUUAAAGAUCAUCUUGUUCCAGCCCCCUUCCAUGGGCAGGAGCACCUUCCACUAGACGAGGUUGCUCGAGGUUGCCCCAUCCAACCUGUCCUUGAACAUUGCCAGGGCACAGGUUGGUACAGCUUCUCUGGGCAAUCUGUGCCAGCAUCUCACCACCCUCAGAGUGAGGAAGUUCUUCCUAAUGUCUAAUCUGAAUCUACCUUAUUACUUUAUGCUUGAGACCCUCUCUGAAAUAAGAAGGGAUUUUUUCCUGAAUAAGGAGAUCAGGUCUGUCUUUUCACCUUCAACAUUUUGUGUAUUUUGUUAUUGGUAAUAUUUUACUGCUCUUUGAUAAAUACUAUUCAAAUAAACUUAACUCCUGCAGGCA